ACCCAGAACCUACACUGCUUUCUGACCACAAGGGAGGUAAACCACUGCACCGAUACUGAAGUCUUAGGUUUUGAUUCUUUUAUUUUACUUCAGCGAGUCUUAAGAGAGCUAGACACUAACAAGAGGAACUUAAAGGAUACGGGAAUUGGAGUAUUUUACUUUUGCUGAAGCACUUGAUAUUUUUUAAUUUUUUUGCUUCCCAGCAGCCUCGAUUCCCACUUCGUUUUUCGCUCCUUUACCGCAGACAUGAAAUAUUUCAGCCAGUGUGCCGUUAUGAAGAAUACUCAGUACAACCGCUGCAUCCCAGUCGAUGGCAGCAUUACGACUUGUAAGCGUACUGCCGUUUCACUCAAGCCACCCCGAUCUGUGCACUUUCCCAAUGACAUCGUCUUCCAGGAUCACAUUCGGGAGGGAGACCUGGAGCAAGUAGGCCGCUUCAUCAGGACUAAAAAAAUCUGCUUGGGAACCAUUUUCCAGUCAGGCAUGUGCGCCCUCCACGAAGCCGUCCUCUCAGGCAAUCUGGAAUGUGUGAAGCUGCUGGUGAAAUACGGGGCGGACAUCCAGCAGGAGGACGAGGAAGGCUGGACGCCCUUGCAUAUGGCCUGCAGCGAUAGCUAUCCGCACAUUGCCAAAUACCUGCUGUCUCUGGGUGCUGAUGCUAAAGUUGUGAACAAAUGUGGGGAGAAGCCAGUGGACCUCAUAGAUCCCGACUGCAAGGAGCUGCUCAGGCUGUUCAAGGUGGGCUGUGACUGACCCAGAGUAAAGUCUUCACUGAAACUCAAGUGCGUCGUCUUCCAUGCGUACGCUGACGGUAACAGAACGAAGCGGCAAGGUCAGCCGGACGUCCUGCUUUCCAGUCACCUCUCUGGAGUAGGAAGACAGGUCUGGCCCAGUGAAAGUCAAAUAGCUGCAUUCAGACACGUUGUGGGAACUGGAGAGUGAACAUUUCUGAUCUCAGCCGGCAGACAAGCUCAUUGAAAAAGCAUUUUACUGCACAAGGACUGAAUACAGGCACACUAUUUUGUAGAACUGAAAAUGAUACUUACAUUUUGUCUUAUAUUUUUAUUUUUGCAUUUUUGUUUUAUUGUUCUUCGCUUUUACACAUGUAUGAGACUGUGUUACAUUUGAACAUUACAGCAGGAUUCCUAAAAUAAUGUAUUAAAAGUGCUUAUCUCUGAAUGUCGACCUCAAACUAAGUGUGUUCUUUAUUUUGAGAUUAUGUUUAACAUUUUUUUUGUAUGUUUCCCAUCUCCAAAAGUAAAAGACAAAUAGACUGAAUUUUAGAAUGUAAAAUGUUAGAGAACACACACACACACACAGUAUGCCAUAUAGUACGUGUUUACCGUUUAUAAGAAAAGGCACACGGCAUUUAUGUAACCUGUUUAUUAUCCUGUGGAGAAUAUCGAAAAUAGUGAAUAUUUGAGAACAGAACUUUGAUUAGCACUUAAAACACAACGUUCACAACAUCUUGGAAUGAAUGUUUUGCUGCUCUUUGCACAAAGAUCUUUUCAAGCUUUAGUUAUUUAACUGUUUUUACAUAUUAUGUCUUAUUAUUAGUGUUAAACGAUAACAUUCUUACUACAAAACUGUACGGUAUUUUUUUUACUAUUAACAUUAUUUGUUUUUUUAUAUAUAAUACCAUUUUUAAAUAAAAUUCUUUUUUGUGAAAGUU